GGCAUCGACAAAACUACACAGUUCAGUAUUACAAAUCUCAGAAUGACUUGCUGUUUGGUCUCUCACAAGGAGCAUAUGCUGGCAUCAUCUGUGCAUUCUUGUUCAUUUGCUGCGUUAUCAUUCUGAUUACAGUGCGCGCAGUCAAAAGAAAUCUCCGGAAUUCUGCAGCCAAAUCAGACACGGGAAUGGAGCAAGAAAUGGUUGAAAAAAUGAUCCCAGCAACACCCCACACAUAA